AUGGGUGGAAGUCUUACUGAUGAUGAUUGGGAGGUCGCUUCGUCCUCAUCUAAUGAGGUUCGGACAGUGGUCUUAGUGGGACGUACUGGAAAUGGCAAGAGUGCAACGGGUAACACCAUUCUCGGAAGGAAGGUCUUCACGUCAAAGGCUAGCUCUUCUGCAGUAUCCACCACAUGUGAAUUGCAGACAGCAGAACUAAAUGACGGACAAAUUGUUAAUGUCAUUGACACCCCAGGAUUAUUUGAUUUGUCUGCCGGAUCUGAAUUUGUUGGAAAGGAAAUCGCCAAAUGCAUUGAUUUGGCUCAGGAUGGGAUCCAUGCUGUCAUUGUGGUAUUCUCAGUUAGAACACGUUUUACUAAGGAAGAAGAAACUGCUCUACGGAGCUUGCAGACAUUAUUUGGAAACAAAAUUGUUGAUUACAUGAUUGUGGUCUUCACUGGAGGAGAUGAAUUAGAAGAUAACCAAGAGACAUUUGAGGAUUAUCUAGGCCGUGAAUGUCCAAAGCCUUUAAAGGAGAUUCUUCUUCUGUGUGAGAAUCGUUUUGUACUUUUUGAUAACAAGACUAAGGAUGAAAGGAAGCGUUUUGGACAAGUUCAACAACUUCUCUCUUUGGUAGAUAUGGUUGUAUCUCGUAAUGGUGGACGACCUUAUACAGAUGAGUUGUUUGCAGAACUGAAGAAGGGAGCAAUGGAGCUGCAUAACCAACAAAGAGAGGUUGAAUCAAAAGGAUAUUCUAUAGGAGAGAUAUCGGAGUUUAAAAAGCAAAUACAGCAGACAUAUGAUGACCAAUUAAAGCGAAUUACUGAGAUGGUUGAAUCAAAAUUGAAAGAGGCAACUACGAGGCUUGAGCAACAAUUAGCAGAAGAGCAAGCUGCAAGACUUAAGGCGGAAAACAAUGCAAUGUUAGCUCAACGGAGAUCAGACGAUGAAAUACGUAAACUCAGAGAACAUCUUGAGAAGGCCAAUGAAGAACUUCGCAAGCGACCUCAAGGUGGUUGUGUCAUUCUUUGA